AUGGGGGGAUGUAACUCUAACUGCAUCGAGAGGCCUUUAGCAAAAGGAUUAAGCAAACUUGGAUACAUUGUGGGCAAAUACCCAUGGGUCUUCUUCAUUAUCCCCCUGAUCAUAUCAGCAGGGCUCGGAGCUGGGUUUUACUUUCUUGAAGACAGAGAAGCAAAUGAUAUUGAAGAGCAGUUUACUCCUAUUAAUGGACCGGCAAAGGCAGAAAGAGCAUUUGUCAAGGAGCAUUUCCCUCAAAGCAAAGAAUUUUCUAGCCUGAGGCUUCAAACCGAAGGCACAUAUGCUUCAUUUAUUGCUGUUCAUGAAGCUAACAUUAUCGACAAAAGUACCUUCCAAGCCAUAGUAAACUUAGACAAGAAAGUACAGCAAAUUCAAACAGAGAGUAAUCAGACAUUUGCUAGUUUAUGUGGCAAGAAAAAAGGAUUUUGUGCUUCAAACUCAGUUGUUGGUAUCCUCAACAAAGACAUCGAGAAUGGAACAGAGAUAAAUUUUCCUUGGCACCAUGAUGAAUUCUUGGGAUCAGUGUUAGGCGGAGUGAAGAAAGACUCUAAAGAUGUAACAUCUGCGUCGGCUAUUAGAAUUUUCUAUUUCUUACAAGAGGACAAUCAGAGCGACACUGACCGAUGGCUGGAGAUGUUCAUGAAGAUGAUGGAAAAGCACACUGACAAGGACGUGAGCUUCUCUUACUUCACUUCACUGUCACGAGCAGAGGAAGUGGAAAAGAUUCCAGAGACUGUCUUACCAAAUUUAUCUUUCACUUGCUGCCUGACAAUUGGCAUCUCAGUUCUCUUAUGUUUGAGGCUGGACUGUGUGAGGAACAAGGGUUGGGUGGCCAUCUUUGGGGUGCUGUCUGCUGCCUUGGCUGUGGUCUCCAGCUUUGGACUGCUUCUCCUCUGUGGGACGCCAUUUGUGAUGACUGUUUUGUCUUCCCCUUUCCUCAUUCUUGGUAUUGGUGUGGAUGACAUGUUCAUCAUGAUCUCCUGCUGGCAGAAGACAAAUGUGAAAGCCAAAGUGGAGGAUCGCAUGGCAGAGACCUACAAGGAGGCUGCUGUCUCCAUCACCAUCACUACCCUGACUAAUGUCUUGGCCUUCUACAUCGGCCUCAUGACACCCUUUGGAUGUGUGCAGUCCUUCUGUAUGUACACAAGCACUGCAGUCCUCUUCUGCUACAUCUACAACAUUACAUUCUUCGGUGCGUUUCUAGCUCUGAAUGGUCGAAGAGAAGGAAGUAACAGGCAUUGUCUUACAUGCAAGAGGGUUGAGGAACCAGAUAAAGACAGAAAAGGAAAUGCUUGCUCAGUAGGAGGCGCCUAUGAUCACGAGACAGGUGCAGAGGAGGAAAUGCCAAUCAAUAUAUUUUUCAAGAAAUAUUAUGGACCGUUCAUUACUAAUAUUUGGGCCAAGAUGUUUGUGGUUGUGCUGUAUGCAGGCUAUCUGGCAGGUAGCAUAUAUGGUUGUUUUCAAAUACAAGAGGGCAUAGACCUAAAAAAUCUAGCACCCGAUGAUUCAUAUGUUGGUAGCCACUAUGAUAAUGAAGACAAGUACUUCUCAGAGUAUGGACCCUUCGUCAUGUUAGUUAUCAAAGAUGAAAACUUUACAUAUUGGGAAAAAUGUGCUCGUGAAAACCUCAACAUAUGCUUGAAAGAAUUGGAAUCAUCUGACAAAGUUGCCAAAAACAUGAUUAUAUCUUGGCUUGACAAUUAUGAGCGAUACUAUACUAAUAGAGUUAGCAUGAACGUUACAGAUGAAAAUGACUUCAUGCGACAAUUACCAAAUUUUCUUGAGAUGACAGAUUUUAACGAGGACGUCAUAAUUUCUGAAGGGAAAAUACGGGCCUCCCGGAUAUUCAUCCCUACCACAAAUAUUAGAACUGCAGUUGAUGAGAAGGAAAUGCUAAAACUUUUUCGUGACACAGCUUCCACUUGUGGGUAUAAAAUGGACCUAUUAGUCUACCACCCAGCCUUUAUCCUUUUUGACCAGUAUGUAGUCAUUGUUAGCAACACGCUCCAAAAUAUUGUAGCUGCUACUUUGGUAAUGUUUGUCAUUUCUUUACUGUUGAUUCCAAAUCCUCUCUGCUCUCUGUGUGUAACAUUUGCUAUUGCUUCAGUGAUAGUAGGUGUUGCUGGUUUCAUGGCUUUGUGGGGUGUCAAUCUAGAUUCUAUUUCCAUGAUCAUCCUGGUCAUCUGCAUUGGCUUUUCUGUUGAUUUCUCAGCACACAUUUCCUAUGCCUUUGCGGCAAGUAAAAGGAAGAGCGCUAAUGAAAAAGCCAUUGAUGCACUCCAGAGUCUUGGGUACCCUGUUAUACAAGGCGCUGUCUCUACCCUUUUUGGCAUUGUUGUCCUUUCUACAGCAAAAGGCUACAUCUUCAGAACCUUCUUCAAGAUCAUGUUUCUGGUCAUCACGUUUGGAGCAGUCCAUGGUAUCAUAUUCAUCCCAGUGUUCCUCACAUUCUUUGGCUGUUGCAGUGACAGUUCUGAAUCAGACACAGACUGUGCACAUGACAAAGACCAGAGGAUCUAG